AUGGGAAGAGCUUCUGAUGAAGGAUCCAAAGGGGAAGAGGUUAUUUGCUUCAAUUGUGGCAAAGAGGGCCACUAUGCCAGCGAUUGUUCCUCACCAGUUGCUAGGACUACAACAGUUCAGGCGGCCCCUCUACAGAUGGUUCCUGUUCCACUUACAGCUACACCAAUCGUGCCAUCGGUUACAGGCCGUGUGUACACUCUUGAUCGCCAGCAGUCGAAUAAAACUCCGAACCUUGUGAGAGGUACUGUUUCUACUGGUGGUUGUGACGUAGAUGUGUUGUUUGAUUCCGGGACCAUGCACUCUUUCAUUACAGACCCGAUUGCUGCGGGGCUUAAGUUGCCAAUUUCUAUGCUUUCUCCAUCUUUGCGGGUUACUGCUGUUACUGGGGAGAAAUAG